ACAAGAGUCAAUAACAAAGCAAACAAACCCCACAUACUCAUACUUACUACAACUUGGCCUCUUCUCUUCUCUCUCAAUGUUUCUCAAGAUUCUCUCUCAAUGUACAUGUUGAAUAGAGAGAGGGAGUGAGAUGGGGCUCAUAUCAUAUGAUCUUAAAUCCAACUAAAUUUAUUUUUAUUUUUAUUUUUUAAAAAACAAUCUCUGAACUGAAACCCACAAACCCCACCAGAUGGAACUCACAGAUUUGCAGUCCACCAAGCAAAACAAUAAUACUUCUUCACAAGUCCCACACCACCGCCUCCACCAUCUCCACCCUCUCCAACACCAGGGUUUUGAUGGAAGCGGCACCAGAUCAUCUGGAGGUAUGUUCAUGGGCUCCGUCUCCAUCCAAGCUGGGCUUGCAGGACCACACCAUGCUCCAGCAGCUGCUCCUACUGGUUCUUCUUCAUCCUCUGUCUCUUCAUCUCCUUCAUCUUCUUCCUCCGCCUCUGCCUCCGCCUCCACGUCCUCCCCCGCUGCUGCUCCUCCACCGCACCUCGUCGAUGCCUCCCUCGCAAUCGCCACCAGAUCCGACUCUCAGCCUUCCUCCCGAUCUGGAGGCCCUCUCCUUGAUUCCACCAAAAAGAAUCAACAGAAUCUCGCAAUAGUAACAACAGCAGAUGCAACAACUACGACCACGACAACGACGGUAAAACGGUCCUCUAAGGACCGACACACAAAGGUCGACGGACGUGGCCGGCGCAUACGUAUGCCUGCAACCUGUGCUGCUCGGGUUUUCCAAUUGACGAGAGAAUUAGGGCAUAAAUCUGACGGAGAGACAAUUGAGUGGUUGUUACAGCAAGCAGAGCCGGCAAUUAUUGCCUCCACCGGAACCGGCACGAUUCCGGCGAACUUCUCGACUCUGAAUGUUUCGUUGCGGAGUAGCGGAUCCACACUCUUGGCUCCACCUUCGAAAUCCGCUCCUCACUCCUUUCAUGGUGCUCUGGCUUUAGCUCAUCAUCCUCGCUACGAAGAGAGCUUUGCACACACUAGCGCUUUGUUAGGGUUUCAUCAACACCAGCAGCAGCAGCAGCAUCUAUUGACUGCAGAUCAGAUUGCAGAAGCGCUUCCGAGUGGUGGAAAUGGAAGAGAGAGUGGUGGUGGAGAUACUAGCGAAAGCUAUAUGAGAAAACGCUUUAGAGAAGAUUUGUUCAAAGAAGAUGAUCAACCACACAGCGAAAGUGGUGGAGGCGAUGGAGGAGGAUCUAAAUUAUCCAAAACCGAAGCGGCAUCUUCUGAUCUACUAAGGCCCCCCAAUAUGCUCCCUGCUGCCGCCAUGUGGGCGGUGGCACCCGCACCAACUAGCGGAGUAGCUGGCAGCACAUUCUGGAUGCUACCUGUAACCGCUGGUGGUGGUGGUUCACCUUCAGCCACUGCUGGGCCUUCGGAACAACAACAACAACAACCGCAGAUGUGGCCCUUUGGGACGGCGGCAGCACCGGGAGGGAAUGGUAAUACAUUGCAAGCGCCACUGCAUUUUAUGCCAAGAUUUAACAUACCAGGAAACAUUGAUUUUCAGUCUGGGCGAACGAGUCCGCUACAGCUUGGUUCCAUGUUAAUGCAGCAUCAGCAACAACCAUCGCAGCAUCUUGGGUUAGGAAUGUCUGAUUCCAACUUGGGAAUGUUGGCAGCUCUAAAUGCUUACUCCAGAGGUGGCUUGAAUAUGAAUUCUGAACAAGAUAACCGGUUGGAGGAACACCAACAGCAUCACCAUCAUCAUCAGCAGCAGCAGCACCAACAACAGCAGUCCCAGAAUAGUGAGAGUGGAGAUGAGGAUCCCAAUAGUUCUCAAUGACUCACACAAGAUGACGACGACGGUGGUGUUUGGAAGUUGAGCUUGUGAUAAUGAGCAUUAGAGUGCUUCAAUAUGUGAUUUUUUUGUGAGAUUUUUUAUAUCAGGAUGUUGUGUUGUGGAAGAGUUUGAGAUGUAAUUUGUUAGUUUGAUUGGUCCAAAGGGACUGACAAAGAGGAGAGUGUUGUAUAGAAGGAUAGUGGUUUGUGUUUAGUAUUAAUUAUAUUAUAUAUCCAUAUUAAUUUGCUUUAAUUGCUAUGUUUGUAAAUAUAUAUAAUUUCUUGCGUAAAA